AUGGCUGAUAACGUGUUGGAAAGCACUGGGAAAGAUCUACGAUCGACGUCUAAAAGUAAGUUAAUAUCCUAGUUUUUAAAAUUAUUUUUUAAAAAAGCGUUAUCUUUAUUUUUUCUUAACUCUUAUAUUAUCAUAGGUGUAAAUCAUAUUGUUAUAGGUCCGAAGAGGAUGGUUAAGUACGAAACACGGGUCCUGUUACUCCAUUAUUGGAAAAAGAAUGUUAAUGCCGUUGAGACUACAAGACAAAUCUGUGAAACUGAAGGUAAAGAUGCUGUGGCAGUACGAACGACACAAAGGUGGUUCUUGAAGUUCGCGUCGGGUGACACUAACCUCAAAGACAAGCCACGAUCAGGACGGCCGUCUGGAGCUACGUCUAAGCGGGUAAAUGCUGGAGCAGCUGCUGCUGGAGCCACUUCUGCAGCUAAACUUACAGCAGCCAAUUCUGGAGAUAGGCCUGGAGGAGGCACUUCUAAAGCAACUCAUUCUGGAGCCAAUUCUGAAGUCACUGAAGACGAAAACAUGUCAUCUCCAAUGCAUGAGCUUGCUGUAGAGGCUGGACUUGAAACUGUUCUACAGGAAUGGCUUGCUGCGCAGAUCAAAAGGCCAUAA